UACAACUUGGACCGGCUGUUGUUCUGACCACCAGGGCUUAUUUAUUUUUCCCUUUUAGUAAAAACCAAUCUUGUCAGAGACAAGAACCAUUGUGAUGUUGAGUUUGUUAGCAAAGAGUCGGACACAAAGUACCGCUCUUCGAAUUCCUCUAAAGCAAGCUAUAACAUCCAAGAACUUAUUGAUGGCGCCGGCAACGACACGGAGCAACAGCUCCCUCCCCACAGGAUAUGUGGAAGACAAGUCUAAAGGCGCAAUGCUUCGUUUCCAGGAUUCCCUUCCUCGAUUACCUGUCCCGACCCUCGAAGAAACUGCCGCCCGUUACAUAAAGAGUUUACAUCCUCUAUUAAGCUCCAGCGAGUAUGCCGCAAGCAAAAAGGCCGUAGACGAAUUCAUAAAACCUGGAGGCGCAGGUCGAAAACUACAAGAGAAGCUAAUUGCGCGGCGGGAAAACCCCGAAAUAAAGAACUGGAUUCAUGAGUGGUGGAACGAUGCAGCAUAUUUGAGCUAUCGAGACCCCGUGGUUCCUUAUGUCAGCUACUUUUAUUCACACCGAGAUGAUCGUCGCCGGCGGAACCCCGCGAAACGCGCCGCCGCUUUAACAACCGCGGCGCUCGAGUUUAAGAAGCAGGUGGACACUGGCUCUCUUGAGCCAGAGUACAUGAAGAGACUGCCAAUCUGCAUGGAUAGCUACAAGUGGAUGUUCAAUGCUAGUCGAGUACCGGCGAAACCGGCCGACCACCCAAUCAAGUACGACCCCAAGGACAACAAACACAUUGUCGUUGUCCGAAAGAACCAAUUCUUCAAGGUCGCCCACGAGGUUGAUGGCAAGCAGCUCAACACGUCCGAGCUCGAGUCGCAGUUUAAGCGCAUUUAUGAAAUUGCGCAGCCUGUGCCCGCUGUAGGCGCUCUCGCCUCCGAAAACCGUGAUAUCUGGACAGAUGCGCGCCAGGUCCUGCUAAACGCCUCUCCCAAGAACAAGGCAGCGCUCGAGGCCAUCGAAUCUGCUUCUUUCGUCGUCUGUUUAGAUGAUGCUACGCCGGUGACCCUGGAGGAACGGGCGCAUCAGUACUGGCAUGGUGAUGGCCAGAACCGGUGGAACGACAAGCCUUUGCAAUUCAUCGUGAAUGACAAUGGCACCUCCGGCUUCCUGGGCGAACACAGCAUGAUGGACGGCACGCCCACGCACCGCCUGAAUGACUACGUCAACGAUGUCAUCUUCGGAAACAAGUUGGACUUCAGCGACCCCUCCGUGCGACCUAACCUACCUGAGCCCGUUGCAAUCAACUUCGAGGUUACCAAGGAGGUACAGAAGGAGAUUGACCGCGCUAUCAAGGACUUCAACGAGGUCAUCGCCAAGCACGAGCUUGCGGUGCAGGCCUACCAGGCCUACGGCAAAGGCCUUAUCAAGAAAUUCAAGUGCUCGCCAGACGCCUAUGUGCAGAUGGUGAUCCAGCUGGCAUACCACAAGAUGUUUGGCAAGAACAGACCUACUUACGAGUCAGCCGCAACGAGACGCUUCCAACAGGGCCGCACCGAGACGUGUCGCACGGUGUCCGACGAGAGCGUGGCCUUCUGCAACGCGAUGGCAGACGCGGAAGUGGCUGACGAUAACCGCGUGGACCUGUUCCGCAAGGCGAUCAACGCCCACAUCGAGUACAUCGGUGCCGCGUCUGAUGGCAAGGGUGUUGACCGUCACCUCUUCGGCCUUAAGAAGCUGCUCGAGCCCGGCGAGGACUUGCCCGCUAUCUAUAAGGACCCGGCCUUCGGGUACAGCAGCUCUUGGUUCCUGUCUACGAGUCAGCUGAGUUCCGAAUACUUCAACGGAUAUGGUUGGAGCCAGGUUAUUGAUGAUGGGUUCGGUAUCGCAUAUAUGAUUAAUGAGAACAGCCUGAACUUCAACAUCGUAUCCAAGGGCCUCGGUAGCCAGAAGAUGAGCUACUACAUCAACGAAGCGGCCAACGAAAUCCGCGACCUCCUUCUCCCCACCAUCGAGCCGCCCAAGGCGAAGCUAUAAUUUUCUCAUGCUUCACGCCCCGUGCUUAUUCUAGAAUAUCCCUCCUUCCGCACCCUAACUCCUCACGAUGUGUUCCUAGAUAUCGGUG